AUGCCUCGACUCCCUCACGCACUCUUGCUACAAGCCUACAACAUUUCUCCACUCCUACCACUAGUCCUGCGUGGGACCCGGACUCUGGAAUCUGCCAUCAAUGAGCUUCGUUGGUUCAGAGAACACGUGCAAGAAUCUUCAACAGGAGGAUCCACAGCUCAGGGAAUUCCAACACCUCUAUUGAACAGAAAACUUCUACAAUUGUGUCAGCGGAGGGCAUAUGGCGAGCCGUUACAGUAUAUUCUCGGCUCCCAGCCAUUUGGGGAAUUGGAUAUCAAAUGCCGUCCAGGAGUCAGACCAGAGACAGAGGCUUACACUACGCAUCUUGCCAAACUUCUGAGCGAUGGCCAUUUGAAUCAUGAACUUUCACAUAAUUCAGGCUCCAACCCUCUGGAUGACGCCAAGCACUCACCUCUGAAAAUCGUGGACUUAUGCUCUGGAACGGGAUGUAUCUCACUCCUAUUGUAUUCCAUCCUUUUGAGGAAAUUCCCGCAGCUUCAUAUCACCGGAUGGGACAUCUCCAAUGCGGCCAUAUCCCUAGCACGGAAAAAUCUCCGAACCAACAUCACGCAGGGUCAUAUGACCAGCCCGGCCAGUCAUCCUUUAGUACAAGUCAAGUUCGACAAGGUAGAUAUAUUCUCGAACCUGACAGAGCAGCAAAAACAAGACCUUGAAUGCGAUGUCCUGAUAUCCAACCCCCCGUAUAUCUCCAAGGAGGGCUUCAACCGUGAAACAUCACGCUCAGUCCGCAAUUGGGAACCCAAACUAGCGUUGGUCCCCAAGCUUUCCCCCACCACCACUUCUGUUGCUCCAGAAGAUAUUUUUUACGAGCGCAUAACGGAUCUUCGUAUGAAGGUCGCCAAAUCGAGGGUUUUGUUAAUGGAGGUCGGCGAUGAUAGGCAGGCUAUACGAAUCGCUAGGAUGGCGAUGGGUAAGGCGUCGCCCGGCCAGAGAGACGUAAUUCAGAUUUGGAGAGAUUGGCCGGAUCAACCGCCGGAUGGAGAUGAGGAACAACAGUUGGUUAUUGAUGGGCAGACUGUUCCUUUGAUAGGUUCAGGCAAGAUGAGAGCUGUUUUCCUGUAUUCUCAGACGCAGGUACCUAACUAG